AUGACAGGUCCAGUAGUGUACGUCCAAAACGGGGAUGGUAUCUUCUUCAAAACUGCUGAGGGCAAGGGAACUAAUGACGCAGUAGUUCAUAUGGCUAGUCAAGACCAAAACGUUCGAAUCCUCAGUACGGAGGAAUUUCCUGUUCAGGGUGAAGUGGUAAAGAUUGCAUCCUUGCUGGGGUUCAUCAAGUUGAAGUUGAACAGGUAUGCUAUUAUUGCUAAUACCGUGGAAGAGACAGGUAGGUUUAAUGGUCACGUUUUCUAUAAAAUCUUGCAACAUUCCGUGGUAUCCACCAAAUUUAACUCAAGAAUUGAUUCUGAAGAGGCCGAGUAUAUCAAGUUGUUGGAGUUACAUUUGAAGAACUCCACGUUUUAUUUCUCAUACACAUAUGAUUUGACCAAUUCGUUACAAAGAAAUGAAAAAAUCGGACCUUUGGCUUCUUGGAAGACUGCGGAUGAGCGGUUUUUCUGGAAUCAUUACCUGACUGAAGAUUUGAGAAAUUUUGCCAAUCAAGAUUCUAGAAUUGACGCCUUCAUUCAACCCGUUAUCUAUGGGUACGCCAAAACCGUGGAUGCCAUUUUGAAUGCCUCCCCUAUUGUCCUUGGUCUGAUUACCAGGCGUAGUAUAUUCAGAGCAGGCACGAGAUACUUCCGUCGUGGUGUUGACAAAGAUGGUCAUGUCGGUAACUUCAACGAAACUGAACAAAUUUUACUUGCUGAGAACUCAGAGAGUGAAAAAACUCAUGUUUUUUCCCUUUUACAAACAAGAGGGUCUGUUCCAAUAUAUUGGGCAGAAAUCAAUAACUUAAAGUACAAGCCAAACCUAGUUCUUGGAGAGAACUCCUUAGAUGCCACGAAAAAGCAUUUUGAUCAACAAAAAGAAUUAUAUGGUAGCAACUAUCUGGUUAAUCUAGUCAACCAAAAGGGACAUGAACUGCCCGUAAAAGAAGGCUAUGAAUCCGUCGUGCACGCAUUAAAUGAUCCAAGGAUUCAUUAUGUCUAUUUUGACUUUCAUCAUGAAUGUCGUAAGAUGCAAUGGCAUAGAGUCAAAUUGUUAAUUGAUCACUUGGAGAAAUUGGGAUUGUCUAACGAAGAUUUCUUUCAUAAGGUCAUUGAUUCUAACGGUAAAACCGUUCAGAUAAUCAGUGAGCAACAUUCCGUAGUCAGAACAAAUUGUAUGGAUUGUUUGGACAGAACAAAUGUUGUUCAAUCAGUUUUAGCUCAAUGGGUUUUGCAAAAGGAAUUCGAAGCUGCCAAUGUCAUUGCUGCUGGGAAAACUUGGGAAGAGAAGACUACGUUGUUGACAUCCUAUCAAAACCUGUGGGCCGAUAAUGCUGAUGCAGUUAGUGUUGCUUACUCAGGUACUGGAGCCUUGAAGACCGACUUUACAAGAACUGGUAAACGUACACGUCUAGGGGCGUUGAACGAUUUUUUGAAUUCAGCAUCUCGUUACUAUCAGAACAAUUUAACUGAUGGUCCUAGACAAGAUUCGUAUGAUCUGUUCCUUGGUGGAUUUAGACCACAUACUGCCUCCAUCAAGUCACCAUUUCCCGACAGAAGGCCUGUGUAUAUCCAGCUAAUCCCAAUGAUUAUCUGUGCCGCCCUGACUGUUUUAGGUGCUACAAUUUUUUUCCCCAAGGAUAAAUUUACCAAUGGUAAGAACUUGUUGUACUUUGCUGGUGCGUCGAUCACCUUGGCGCUAUCUACCAACUUUUUGUUCAAGAACGGUCUCCAAUAUGUCAACUGGCCUAAAUUGGUGGAUGUUGGAUUCUUAAUUGUUCAUCAAACACAUGAUAAAGAACAGCAAUUCAAAGGUUUAAAAUAUGCGCAGAGCCCUAAAUUUUCCAAGCCAGAUCCUUUGAAGAGAGAUUAG